CAUGUUCAUUCUUCUUUUCUUGACACCUACAAUGUAACGCCACAUGGUGACUCUUUCGUCCUUUUUGAGAAAAUUACAUUCAGUAGACCCAAAGAAUCUUCUAACUUUAGCUCACACUCGAUCCAAGCAAUCGCUUUUGAGGUGGAAGAUAAAGAGGCGAUUGGGGUUCAACUUAUGGGACAAAGAGUUGUUUGUUGCACCACAGAUCUUGCAAAACUUCGUUGUGCAUUCGUAAGGGAAAUUAUUCAUCGCCUUUCCACAAAGAACUGGCGGCCUAAAGUGUUCGACGUCUCAUUUAGUGAAGAUGAUGAGGUUACAAUAUUGCCAUUAAAAUCUAUACAAAUUACUAAAACCGUGUAUAACUUGUACUUCAUUCACUGUGAUUUAAAUCUUAAAGAUUUGAUGUUGAAGAAAAUCGUAUGGAAAAACCCUCAUGGCUAUCUGCCUGGUAGAGUGGCACCGAUGAACUUCUAUGGCUUCAUGUCCCUCGCUUUUGUGAUCCUCGAAAUAUUUUGGUUCCUGCAAUAUGCAAGAUUUUGGAGAGAAGUUCUUCCUUUGCAAAAUUGUAUAACAUUAGUGAUAACCCUUGUCAUGCUUGAGAUGGCUCUUUGGUAUUUUGAUUACGGUGAGUUCAAUGGGAGUGGCCUUACUUCAAAGGUAACCAUGCUUGGAGCUACCUUCUUUCUGGCAUCUGAAAUUCUUGAGCUAGUAGAAAAUGUUGGUGCUGUGAGUGAUCUUUCUAGAAAGGCAAAACUAUUUUUGGUUCUUCCGGUUUCAAUCUUAGAUGCCUUCUUCAUUCUUUGGAUAUUUACUUCUUUCUCUUCAACUUUAAAUAAACUUCAGACUAGAAGGAUGGUGGCAAAGCUGGAUAUAUACAGGAAGUUCACAAAUUUUCUAACUUAUUGAGCUCUAAGCUUCUCUUUCUGCCUUUCCUUUUCUGCUACGGUUGUUUAUGAACUGUUUUAUGGACAUUCAAAAUGAAAGAAGAAAAAACUUCAUUCUCACACCCUCAAUUGUUUAAGAAAUUUCCUGAUCGUUAAUAAAGGUAAAACUCGGUAACUUGAGAUGUCUAUGUAGGCUUGAUUACUUGUUUAAUUUGCAGCUAGUUCCUCUGUGUUACGGAAUUUAAAGAUGUAUGGCUGUUUUAUAUUGUGGUUGAUGUUCCCGCAUAUUUUAGUUUCAGUGUCGAUCUUUGAGAAUUUUAUUUCAAUGUCUUUGCAGUUUCUUAUAGUUCACCGUUUUGUUAUUCCGAUCU